AUGAGCAGCAAAUCCAAAUUAGUCUAUAGAAAGAAAAGUGAUGUAUAAGCCUAUCAGGAAUAAGUCUAGGACAAUUAAGUGACCAGAUAGGAAAAAAGGAAAGUAGAUCAGAGAAGAUCUUAAUCCACGAAUAAGCAAUAAUGCAUAUAUCAAAGAAAAGGUGGCGCCCCAAUUGUUCAAUAAGACUUGUAAGCUGAGUAAAAAGCUCAACCUAAUAAUCAAGCAAAGAUGCAGGAUAGAGAGGGGAAUGUCUACUUGAAUGAUAAAGCUUUCCUAGUAGUUGAUAGUGGAACUGGAGCUCAAAAAUAGAAUCAAAGAGCCAAAUCAACCUCAAAUAAUGGCAGAUUGAACAACAACAAAAAAGGUAACCAGCCAAAUAAUCAUCAAAGGUUUGACAAUAAACCAGUGUAUAAGCCUAAGAGCAACAAAUUCAGAAACUAAGGCUAGAGAGAUCAACAAUUUAUAUAGAACCCUGAUACUUAUUAUGUCUUCUCUGUUGAAGACAACGAUAUAGUUUAGGAUUCUGAUAGAGGAGAGGUGAUAAUAAAUAGUCAGGCUUCAUUGCAAAAUGAGCCAGAUUAAUAAAUAUCUAUUGUACCUCAAAUCGUUUGUGAAGACCUCUCUCCGUUUGGAUUGAAAUAAUACGAUGAAUUAUAGAAUAUGGAUUCUCAGUAAUCUGAUGAUCGAUCUACCUCUGCUUAAACAUAGAGCUCUUAAAGUAAUAGUCUUACUAUCAAGACAGAGUAGUCAAAGAUUCAUGAGUAACUAGAGACUUUCGAUUAGAUUGUCAAGAGUACAUUCGAUUCAAAUAAUCUCAACUACAAAGAGGAUGACAGUGCUUCAAAAAUGAGUUCCUAACUUACCAAUUUCAGUUCUGAAACUGGGAUGAGCAGUCAAUAUAGCCAGAACAAAUCUGAGGAAAAAUUAGACGCCUAAAUCUUGAUUCAUAAGAUCAAAGCAGGAGUCUAGAAUAAUGUCAAUCAAAAGGCAAAGCUGAGCAGAUACCAACUGUUAACUUAUAGCAGGAUAGAUCAAAUAAGCAAAUCUCACAAAAGUUGA